AGAAAAAAUAUAAGAAAUGGCACAGAAAAUUUCGCUGAUCACGGGAUGUUCAUCGGGCAUUGGUCUCAAUUUGGCAGUCAAACUAGGAAAGGACGCAGCGAAAAAGUAUUUGGUUUACUCGACCAUGAGAAACCUUGGGAAGAAAGGGCCUCUCGAGGAAGCGGCGGAUAGCGCCCUCAACGACACGAUUUUGAUUCGUCCUCUUGACGUCAAAAGCGAUGACUCGGUGAAAAAUGCUGUCAGCGAAAUCAUCGACGAACAUGGUCGAAUCGACAUUGUUGUUAACAACGCUGGUAUAGCUUCAUUCAACCCAAUCGAGUAUUCCCCAAUGCAUGACAUUCGAGAUGUGCUGGAGACAAACUUCUUUGGACCGGUUAGGGUUAUCCGAGCAGUUCUACCUUACAUGAAGGAACAACGUUCGGGUCAUGUCAUCAACGUUAGUUCCAUUGCAGGGGUCGCUGGUCAUCCAUUUUAUGAGACGUAUUGUGCUUCUAAACAUGCUAUGGAGGGGCUCACUGAAUCAUUGGCCAUUAGGAUGAAAUCAUUUGAUGUAAAACUUUCAAGCAUAUUACCUGGUCCAGUCUAUACAAACAUCAAUGACAAUAUAGUGGAAUCGAACAGACUACCUGCGAAAGGAGAGGUUGACCAGGUUACACAAAAACAACUCGAUGUUUUGAGAACGCAUGUAAGGGAUCAUUUCGACAAUAUGGCCCAGACCACGAACGAAAUCUGUGACAUCAUCUUUAACGUCAUCGAAACGGACGCUCCCAACAAACCAAUCAGGUUUACAACCGGCGAAUAUGUUGAUACCAGGGUGGCAAUGAAACUUGUUGAUUUUGGCGGGAACACGUGGGUUGAAUCCGCUCGGAAACUGGUCGAGGAACCGACGGGCUACACAAAAUCCAAAAAAAGUGAGGAGCAGGUCUAAAGACUAACUCGUACAGAUCUGCGCAUGUCCAGUAAGCCGUGAAUAAGCAGAGUGGUUUCAAGAACGCCCGUUUGCAUACAUUUUAUAUGGAAAAAAAAUGAAAUGUGGUCGAUUUACAGUCGAAGUGUGUGGGGGGGGGUACGGGAGUCGGUCUCUUAGUGGUGAACCUUUUAUUUUGCGAGAAAAAAAAAUAGUUAACACUUGCUUUAUUUUGUUAUUACUUCCUCCAGUACCUCCCCCUCCCCCUCUCUCUCUUUCUCUCUCAUCACACCUACUCGGACACACGCCCUUACACACGCACCUGUUUAAUGUCUAGAGAAUUAAUGGAUAUGCUUGAAAACCCUUAUUGAUCAUGUUCAGUAUUUUGACAGAAUAAAUGCUCCUGAAACUUGUCUCAGACAUUGAAUACAAGUAGCACAUACAUGUAAUCCUGUCAUUUUCUUUAGGUUAACAUUCCACACUUCAUUGCAUCGAGCAUAUCACUGUGUUUCAAUGUACAUUCUUUCUCUUUGUGUGUGUAUUCGAGGCUUUUUUUUCAUCAGACUUGUAUCAAUCAGAUAUGAUUUUAACGUCUGGGAUCGACCUUUAAUGUCACCAUCCGAAAGACAUGACCAGGUCUCGAACCUUGAACCACUGCAUCCAUUUGUAAUUUCCCAAGAGAUUACAGGCGCACGUCACAACGCCCAGUGUGGGACCGUCGUGUGCGAAUCGACCAUAAAGAUCGUUGUUUGUACAUGUAGUAUAUUGGUUAGGAAAUAUAAUAUUAUUUAAAAUUACCAUGAUAUUUCAAAGAAAUAAUUCACUUUCAAAAAUAUAAUUCUUAAUAUUAAAAAUAACCAUUCCCGUAAACCUUUUCCCCUCAAAAUAUGGAAUGAGCCUUUUUAUAAAUAUAUAAUAAAAAUAGGCCAAAAUAGAAAGUCAUCACAUUGUUAUCAUACUGACCUGAACAAAUGCUAGACAAUCAUUGUUAUGUAACACAUACAUCACAUCGUGUUCACACUCACUAUGGACGCAACAUUCAACAUAAUUAUAAAGCAACAUUCAACAGUAAAAAUAAUUCAAAUUAAACAUGAAAAAGGAAACAAGGAAAAUAUAAAACAAAGAGGGAUUAUAAUGAAUUGAUAAACUUAAUAUUCAUUCAAUUCAGAUAAACAUGUAUUUUUUCCAUUCCAUUACAUUUUUCGUAGACAUCCAUUCAUACAAAAUCAAUGUGUUGUGAAUAAUACAAAUAUGUACAUGUUCUGUUUAAAGAAGGCUUAUGGCAAGAUACA